AUGGGUAAAAAGAAUUUCAAAGAUCUUUAUCGACGUAUCAAAAGGGAACACGGAACUGUGACUUGUGAAAUAUCCGUUUUCUCUGAUAAAUUCAAUCCAUUACUUAGAUAUGCUGGUGUUAUUAUCUACGCAAUCGAUGGAAAAUUUGAAUGGGAGAACUAUGAGGGUGGAAAGGCUUAUGGACGAAGAGGAAGAAGUUUUUACAUCAUUAUACAAUGUACAGACAAAUGGUCAGACGACUACUAUAAACCAUCAGGACAAGGAACUGUGCAUGACUAUCUCUUGAAAAACGUCAUAGGUAUUGAAUCUGAUCAGAAGCGCAUUGCAUGUGGUGGGUUUGCUUAUCUCUAUGGAGAACUAAGAUUUAGUAGUAUUUGGCUCAACGCUGCUGUUAGUAAUUCUUUGAAAUUUACAUACGUCAAUGUUGGUGCACUUGGACGAUAUAAUGAUUCAUCUGUAUACAGUCGAUCAAGUUUAGUUGAAGUAAUUAAACAUCAAAUUUAUGAAUGUCAUUAUAUGAUUAUCAACAACAUUCGUAUUCAAGCACACUUAAUUACAGAUUCCGCAUUCGCCUUAAAUUCAACUUUAUUAAAGUCGCAUGUUGAACGGCUGAACAUGCCUCGUGCUCAUUCAUUAUGCUCAGCUGGUGCUGUCGUAGCUAAUCGUCUCUCAGAACAAGGUGAUAAGCGUGUUCUUCUUAUUGAAGCUGGUGGUGUCGAUACAAAGGACCAAAUACAUAUGCCAGCUGCUUGUGGUAGCUGUCAGCUUGGUGAAAUUGAUUGGCAAUAUAAGAGUAUACCUCAACUUUAUUCACAUUUUGGUUGUGUUAAUCAACAAAGUAAUUGGCCACGUGGUAAAGUUUUAGGUGGUUGUUCUUCUAUAAAUUAUCUGCAAUAUGUUCGUGGUGAUCCACAUGAUUAUGAUAAUUGGCAAUUACCACAGUGGUCAUUUCAAGAAAUGUUAAAAUAUUUUAAAAAAUUAGAACGUGCCGAUCCGAACACAAUUCCAAGGAAUGAGCAUUUCCGUAAUCAUGAUCAAGCAUGUAAGACGAAUGGAUUUCAUGAAACUAAAGAUUACAGUGCCGAAGAAAGUCUGAAUGGGCGUGUAUCAAUGUCACAAAUAUCAGCAAAAGAAGGAAAACGUUGGUCAACAGCAAGUGGUUAUCUCUUGACAUCAGUAGAAAGAGAAAAUUUUGACUUGCUAAUACAUGCACAUACUUGUCGAGUAGCAUUUGAUGAGCAAAAGCAAGUAUCCGGUGCCAUUGUUAAACGUACUAACUCAUUAGAUAAAGAGGAAUUUAUCAAAGGUAAAGAAGUCAUACUAUCAGCUGGUACAGUUGGAAGUGCUCAAAUACUUCUUCUCUCUGGAAUUGGCCCUCGAGAAGAAUUACAGAAACAUCAAAUACCCGUAAUCGUUGAUUUGCCUGGUGUUGGUAAAAAUUUACAAGAUCAUAUGAUGACUAUUCUAGUCUAUCUUACUCACAUACCAACACUUUCAACUCGUGAUUUGACACCUGAAAACUUACAAAAAUGGUCAACUCAAGGAAAAGGUCCCUUAACUUCAUGUGGUGGUGAAUCACUAGCGUGGUGUCAAUUGAAUGGAAAUGAUAAAACACAAGUACCUGAUAUCCAAAUGCAGUUCAGCCCGUUUACAGCUGAUGCUGAAUUCUUUCGAAUCUCUAAUUUUAAACCAGAAGUUUAUGAACAAUAUUUGAAACCACAUCUAACUGAUGAAUAA